GCGGGCUUCAUUCAGCGGCUCAGGACAGGAGAAGGGGGCUGAGCGCCUAGUGAAGGAGGUGGAGACCAAAAGGAGGAUUCAUAAACAGGAGUUGAUCUCCUAGUUUUAAAAAGCCGCUCUCAGUUAAAACCUUCAAGUAGCGUAGAACCAGAUCACAACUCACUAACCGACCCAACACGACUCAUCAUUCAGAGAGGUGCUGCUCCGUAACGCUGCGGUUUCACUGGACAAAGUUGAAUGGACUUGAUUGCACGGACAGCUCAUUGUUUUCAUUAACUUUUCAGGACAUCUUCCCACUUGAGCCGGGACUUUAACUCCCUCAGACUUUAUACGACACGUUCUUGCUGACAAGACAACUGAAACGAGCCGCUGCAGUGAAUCUCUGGGAUUUUUAGGAGAAAGAAACGACUGGAGGAACUCUUGCAAAUGCAAAACUAUAUGUAUGAGAAAGCGAUGGCACCCGAAACAAGAAACGGAGGAACAUCCACGUUAAAUAACAACGGCGUAGACAACAGCAAGAGGAAACUUUUAAUAGCACUAGACAUCUUCUGCCUUGUCUUGGCUGGCCUGCCUUUCCUGAUAAUUGAAACUAGCACAAUCAAGCCGUACCAUCGCGGGUUUUACUGCAGUGACCAGUCCAUCCAGUACCCGUAUAAAAACGGGGACACCAUAAGCGAUGCCGUGCUCUGUGCCGCUGGCAUUCUAAUUGCCAUCCUCUCUAUCGUGAUUGGCGAAUGCUACAGGAUCCAUUACCUGAACCAGGGGUCCAAAUCUUUCGUGGGAAACCCAUAUGUCUCCACCCUUUACAGACAAGUAGGCGUGUUCAUCUUCGGCUGCGCCGUCAGCCAAUCAUUCACAGACAUCGCCAAGGUCUCGGUUGGCCGGAUGAGGCCGCACUUUCUAGACGUUUGUCAGCCUGACUACUCUACCAUCAACUGCUCUCUGGGAUAUAUUACUCAAUACGUAUGCAAUGGAGAUGCAAGCAAAGUACAAGAGGCCAGGAAAUCCUUCUUUUCUGGACAUGCUUCAUUUUCAAUGUAUACCAUGCUGUACCUGGCUUUCUACCUGCAGUCUCGGUUCACGUGGCGAGGAGCCCGUCUCCUGAGGCCCCUCCUCCAGUUCACCUUGCUGAUGAUGGCCUUCUACACCGGCUUAUCACGUGUCUCUGAUCACAAGCACCACCCCACUGAUGUCUUAGCUGGCUUUGCCCAAGGAGCCCUGGUGGCCUACUGCAUAGCCUUUUAUGUAUCGGACCUCUUCAAACCCAAAGCCAAGGCUGCUACUCCACCUCCCUCGCCAAUCAAGAAAGAGCUCCUCCCCUCUUCUGACAUCAUAGACAGGAACAACCAUCACAACAUGGUGUAGGAGGGGGGAACGGGAGGAUCAGUCUGUAAUCUCCCCAUCCCUCACCCCUCCUCCAUCCCAUGAAGAAACCAGAACAGCCACCUGUGACAGAGGAGCUACGGCCAAGCUGAGAUCUCCUCUCUCUCAUCUGACAGUAGAAUGUAGGGACAGGACAGAGACAAUCCUAUUGACUCUUAUUAUGAAUUUAUAAAGACCUCACUAUCCUAGAGCCCAAUGCGAAAGGCGAAACAGACACAAAGCUAACAAAAAAGUGAUUUCUCCCUUCAAAAGAUUGCGUAAUUUGUUGCGGAGAAUGAAUUCAGCUCGGGCAAAUCGGCCCAUUGACGAAAGUAAUACACAGAAAUACACGAAUGCGUAAAUGACGACAAUGAAAGGAAGGAGAGAGUGAAUGUGAGGCUGGUCACGUGACCAGCGCUUCUCUCUUUCCAACCGUCUCUUUCUAUUGUCUCUGUGGCCUUUCAGUAACAGCAUAGGACAACAAAUUCCUUAUUAAUAGGAAUGAUUAGUUUUACCUGCGAUGUAAUUAGCACAGAUAUAUUAACAAUAUAAAGAAGAAUAACUUAUAGCACUAUAUCCAAGUUCGUUGUUAAAUGUCACCACUCGCUAUCUGAGAAGUGUAGCUUUGGGAAGCUUGAUGAAGGUCCAUACAUGAGAUCAACACCAUCAAAGCUGAUCUUCGCUACCCGAACAGUGGCCUAAAUGCAUUUUAACGGGUUUUAAAUGGUGGGUGGGUGGGUGGGUACGGGACUUUUUUUAUUUUUUUUUAGAUAAAGACUGAUUUCAAAUAGAUUUUUAUUUUAGUAAAUGAUUUCACGAUGCCCGAACUCUGGGGGCGUGGCUGAGCCGUGCCGCCUCACUGUCUUCUGAUUGGUCAGAGCUAACGCAGGGGGCGGGGUUAGAUGUUGGGGAGGAUGGCGUAGAGGUGUGUCUCGCCACCACGGUCUCUGGGAUUGACUCCCACUGACUGCACUGGCACAUUUUUUUUUUUUUAUUAUUAUUUUUGGAACUGGGAAUGAGCCUCUUCCGCUGGCUGGUUUGAUCUCUUUCCCUUCCAACUGCAUAAUCACUCAACUCUAGUUGUGUGUUUUUACCCAUAAUGCCACCUGUGCCCUCUGCCUGUCCUGGCAAGAGUCAAACUGCCCCAAACCCUGACGGGGUUAAGGGGAUGUGGGGUCCUUCAGCAGGAUGCUCCGUCUCACGUUUGCGUGUUUAUAUGUGUGGCAUAUGUUUCCGCAGCCAGUCCUGGUGCAGUUGGCCGUUGCCAUGUGAAGAAACUUAAGAAAACUGUGGACUUUUUUUUUUCUAAAUGCCUUUUCUUAGCUUUGAUGAUCCUAUCGUGAUGAUGUCUACUGUCCCCACUAACAGCUGUACAGUACUGCCUGACUUUUACAGAGAACACAUCCAUACAACACAACUCAAGCUCCAAAUGUGUUGCACAUCCCUCCCAUUGUAUAGUCCGUCCUAUCAUUUCAACAAACCGUUUUAUUUCUCUCUCAGAAAUAUAUAAAUAAUGUAUAGAUCACUAAAAUUAACUAUGUAAGAUAUUAUUUCUGAACGUGUUUAGAUAUAUCCACUAUGAAUCUAAAAAGCAAUGUGUCAUGACCUGUGUUAUUUACAAAGUGCUGCUUUUAUGAGCAUUGAUUGACAGAUUUUUGUAUUUAGGUAACUAAAAUAUUGUAGAUUUGUAAUAGUACGUUUUUAAUAAGCGUUGAAUAAAACACAUACAAUUGUAUCAAAUUCACUAUUAGUAUUUUUGUAUUGUCUCAUUUUGUACAAAAGAAAUAAUAGCAAAAUGUUUUUUGUUUUUUUCUGCUAAAUGUACUUAGCUCUAAUACAUGUGCUUUUAAAUAAAAGCUCAUUAUAAACAACAAAAAAA